CCCCUCUCCACGUGGGUUCACCGGCGGGCAGCUUGACCGGGAGCAGCCUGGGCGAUCUCCAGGGGCGUCCCAUAGCCCCGUAACAUCAGGGGCCGGGCAGAGAGCUUCAGGCGCCGCGCACAUGGAGGAGUCGGUUUUCCUGGAGAUCAGGCGGAGGAUGCAGAGCGGGCUGCUGAUUAUCCGUGAGCCAAAAGCAGGAAAUUUGCCAGUGGAUAUUACAAUGUCUCCAGGAUCAUUAGAAAUAAAAAGUUGUCAAGCCUGCAAGAUGAUCAGCUUUCCUGCAGAGGUCAGGAUUGUUCCUUCUUCCUGUCGAGGAUUACAGUAUAUAGUUGGAGAUGGUUUACAUGUGAGGCUGCAAGUUCAAGCAGAUUCAAAUACAAAAUUAAUUUCAACUUUGAGUGAAAGUCUGAAGGCACAGAAGAGUUGCAUCUUUUACUGUCAAUCUUGUGGUGAAAUCAUAAUAAAAGAAUGGACGUUUCUCCGAGUUCUUCCCCUACCAAGUGAAAACUGGAGUGCUUUGGUUGAGGAGUGGUGCUGCCAUGCCAAUCCCUUUGCCAACAGCGCUCUUCACCCUCAGAAUAACGAUUGUUUUCUUGGACACACUUACUUUCUGGUGAAUUCUGGAAGCGAGUCACAUGUGCCUGGACCUGAAAUAGUCCAUUCAGAGACUGAACAUUCUGCUUCUGAGAGAGGCCCUACCUUGAAGUCAAAGGAAAAUGCUAGAGUAAUUUGUAAGCGCUGCAAGGCAAUGCUGGGAGAGACAGUAUCAUCAGGGACUACAAAAUAUUACAUCACUGAGAUGAUUAUUCAGCCAUCUGGAACAAAUUUUGACAUGAUACCAAGGUCUCAGUUUGUACAGAACAUUAUAGCUCAGUGUCUCGUGGAACUGUCCUCUUCCAGAAGCACAUUUAGAUUCAGAAUGCAAGGGCAUGAUGGAAAAGUCUACAUCUUGAUGUGGCUUUUAAAUUCUGACACGUUAUUGGUGGAAUCUAUGGGAAAUUCAGCAUCCAGCAGUGUUUUUACAUUGUUUGAAGAUAAUUUGAGGCCUGAUUCCAAGUCUUCAGGCACAUGGAAUGCAGUCAAAGUUCUUUAUCAUCCCUGCAUUAAAAACAGGAAUAAGGACCUUGCUGAUGCAUGGGAAAAUGAUAUUGGAGUUCAUCCUCUAACAUUUCCAUCAAAAACCUGUUUGGAAUUGUUGUUGAUACUGAGUUUGAGUAAUGCUUGUCUGCCACCUUCACUACGCUGCAUGAACUCCUUCCAGGUUGCCUUUUUGAAGAUGUGAAGAAUCCAGACACAUUAACUGAAAAUUAUUCUCAAGUUAACCUUCAAAUAAAAUACAGAAAUAUAAGGAUAAUUUCCAUUGGGAUGACUUUCCAGCAAGAGUCAGUGAGGGUGCAAAACCUCAACAUAAUAUUAUUUUAUUAUUUAUGAUAUUUGUUGGAUUUUUGGUUUUGAAAGAGCAAAGCCAAUGACUGAGAAAGUUGGUUUAGACAGGCAUACAUUACAAGACUGGAGUUCUGAGAGUGACUUAUGUCUGAAGGCUGGAGUGACCAUAAUGAUGACCUCUUAAUCACCCAGGGAAAAGAAGUCAAGUAUCUUGAUGGAUAGUAACUUAUGUAUUUUAUGUGGAAAAUGAAGAACUGGCAGCCAGCAGAGGGUAUAAAAUAUUUAAUAUCGUGAAUUCUAACUCAGAAAUAUAUAUGCAAAUUUUACCACUUUUCUCACUUUUUUGAGUUGGCAGAGGUAAUCAGACAACUAGAACUGUAAAAUGUAAACUUGUUUUCCAGAAAACUUAUGUAUGUAGCAUAUACAUUAUUUCCAUAUUAAAUCCUACUCCCUAAUCAAGAGAGGGUGCAGGCGUGUAAAUACUACCUUCUAUGUAAAACUGAAUGAAAUUGAUAAUGCAUUAGUUAAAGUUCACAAACAAAAUGUUUUUGUGAUUACUUAAAAGAGAUUAUCUUGCAACUACAAAAAGAAGGGUGUCUGUGAAUACAGGGUUCAUAGAAGUUGCUGAACUGACAGUCCUCUGUUUGCGAAGCACGUGUAUCUCAGGUUGUGAGAACAUAAACUUCCCCACACAGCCCUUCCUAGACGUUCCUAGGUGCCUCAAUCCUGGCUUGGCGGGACCAUAUCUAUGAAGUAGUUCAGUCCUUAUUGCCCAUUCAGUACUUUCUCCUCUUAUCAGACUGUCAAGAAAAGUUGACAAGUGAGUUAGUGCUGAUUGGAGUUGGUAGCAGUUUCUGUGUUGUAGACACUUAUCUACUUGUAAUUGGACUGAUACCACCAAAUGCAUUCCAUGUGGAACAAAUAACCUUGCGCUGUUUCCAAUUUUGGAGUGGAUGUCUCAUUCUUUAGUUGUCAGUAAUCACUUUGGUCUCCAUUGUGCAGAGAGAGAGCCAGAGAGGAUGUGUAUAUAUGUGUGGGCAGUGGAGGGAAAGAUGAACUAUUCAUCUCUGCAUAAGCACCACUACUACCAUAAUUCAGCUGCCACCUUGUACUCUGCCUAAGCUAAGGAUAUGGCUGAACUUUUGAGAAAAUUCAUAUUGUGGAUCCCUUUUAUACUGUAUAUCUGAGCCUUGUAUUAACACAUAUUUGGAACCCUGCCCAUUUUGUAACCUUAAUCUAUUUUCUUAUGUGUCCUCAAGAUUGCCACAGAAUACUAUUGGGGCCAAAAACUUAGCACGAUUCAAAAAUGGGUCACAUAUUUAUAUGGAUAACUAGAUGAUCCAGAGUUAUACUAGUUUAUGCUACCAUACAUUUUGGUUAGAGUUAUUAAACACCAUGAUUCAGGUUGUAAACUAAUCUCUAAGUAUAGGGGUUACGAGAAGACCGAAUAUAGGAUGCAGAUUAGCCCACGGUUGUCUGUUCUGUUUUGUGCCUUCCCCUGAAGCAUCUGGUGCCGUCCGCUUUUGGAGACAGAAUACUGGAUUAGCUGAACCAUAGGUCUGAUCCAGUCUCACUGUUCUUAUGUCCUGAAGAUGCUUGGGAGAACCAUUUCUACUGAAAAUAGUGGAAGAAAUCCUGUUUGUACAGGCUGGCUAUUUUGCAGUACUCAUCUUUAAACAAUUAAGAAAUUAAGAGGGACAAGAUGGGUGAGGUAAUAUCUUUUAUUGGACCAACUUCUGUUGGUGAAAGAGACAGCUUUUGAGCUUACCUCACCCACCUUCUCACUCUUUAAUAUCCUGGGAUCAACACAGCAACUACACUGCAAACAAUUAAGAAAUAAGAAAGCUGUGAGCUUGUCAAAGGACAAUUCUUUAAGAGGAACAGGUUUAGAGGGAGAGAUUCUUGUUAUGAAGAGCUUCUUUAAAAACCCUGGGAUUCCAGGAGAAGUCAGCACUUCCUUUACAUGUUUGCAAAUAAUAUUGUUCUAACACACUGGGAUAUAAGUGGAGGUUAAGACCACUCAGCAACUAGUUUAGGUCCCAUCCUACUUUUUCCUCAUUAUUUUAGAUUUGAGUAUUCAAAUAAAAGCAGAAGUGUGGCAUUUUUCACAUAUAUAUUCUGGGGCUAUAUUGUGUACUUCCAUGAUAAUUUGUCUAUAUAACAGUGGUGAGUCAUUUUGAUUUUUCUCUUAUGAAUACAAUUAAUUUUUCACUAAUUUUUUUUUCCAUUUUUGUUUUGCUCUGUUGUAUGCUGGUCUCUGCUUUCCAGAAUAUGAUUAGGCCAAUAAAGGAGGGAAAACAUUGAAAUGACAGAUUGCUACACUGUGAUUGUAAAGCCACUUUCCUCCUAUUUAAAUGCCUCCUGUUGUGAUUUUGCAUCAAUAGAGCAAUCUGCUCCAGAGAGUAUUUAUGCUUUGUAUGUUUAAAAUCUGUCAUCGUGUCAGUUUCUCCUACAUAAUAUGGUAUUAGGGACAUAAAUAGUUAAUAUACUUCUAAUGGCAAAUGAGGUUCUGAGAUGACAGGUGCAGGCAAAUCAUUAACUUGAUUUAUCAGCAAUACAGAAGAAAAUAUCUGCAUGAAGUGGGGCACUAUAAAUAAAUAUAAAUCAAACCCAUCCUGGCUAAUUUAUCACUCUCAGAAAACCUUGUAGAAUAUCACAGUGAAAUGUUAUGCUUCUAGUGUGUUUGGUUCGAAAGGAUUCCUGGGGAAGUAUAUGAGAGGAAACAGCAGAGGUAGCAUUAGGCCAAAUGUACAGCCUCACAAAGCCAUGCUCUUCAAGAAUCUUGGGUUUUUUUGUUUUGUUUUUAAGCCUGGUCUUUGUCCCUGUACCAGGAAGGUGAGGGUUGUGGGCUGCCAAAGACGAGCAUUUCUGGUUCUGGUUGGGUUAUUUUUCCUGCAAUUAUUAAGUUAUUUGGACAGGUACCUAGAAAACUUCAGCCCACAUACAGUAAUGUAUAAAUGUAUCAGAAGUGUUCUUGUCUGAAAAUGGGUUUAUUUGCCAGUAUACAGAAGAAGGGGAGAAAAGUCAAUAAUGUCCCCUUAAGAGGAUUCAUUGUGAUGACAGGUGAUGCAUUAUUAUAACAGACUGAAACUCAUCUGUAGAGAUGAGUUGUCUCAGUUUUUUUCUUUUAAAUCAUUCAGCAUUUUUCUUUAGCUCUU